AUGGCGUCGCUACCAGAAACUCCUGUUUUGGAACAACAGCAGAAGGAGUCGGAGCUCUUGCACAAGGAGUACCACCUGGAGGUCCCGCCCGUGGCACAGCUGUCGUCUGGCACAGAUGCCACCGUCCCCCAACUGUUGCGGCAGGGAGUCCCGAUGUUGAAGGUGUCGGCGAAGAAGCAGAAGAGGUACUUUUUCAAGCUGGAUCCCGACCAAGGGCAGAUAGUCUGGGAGUCGAAGAAGCUGCGAUUCAUCCCUAUCGAAAACAUCAAGGAACUUCGAUGCGGCGCGGACGCGCGGUACUACAGGGCACAAUUCCAGCUCGCGCAGGAGUACGAGGACAAAUGGCUCACUAUCGUCUACGUCCUCGAUGGCGGGUACAAGACGCUGCACCUCAUCGCAGCCACACGCGAGAUCUUCCUCAUGUGGGAUGUCACCCUACGUCGCCUAUACGCAAUCCGACAGCAGCUCAUGAGCGGGCUGGGGAACGCAGACAUGCGCCAGGCUGUCUGGGAGAAGCAGUUCUGGAAGGGCGCGGAUGAGGAGCAGGACCAGCGGCUGGACUUCGACGACGUGGAGCGAUUGUGUAGGCGACUGAACAUCAAUCCUUCGAGGGAGGACUUGCUCAGGAGGUUCAGGCAAGCAGACACUCACUGCCGCGGUUACCUCGACUUUGCGGACUUCAAACUCUUUGUGAAGUCCCUCAAGGCUCGACCGGAGCUGGAUCGCCUCUUCAACAAGAUCACCAAUGGCGAUUCGAGCCUGAGGUUCCCCGCGUUCGAGCGCUUUAUGCAGUCAUCGCAAAAGUCUUCGCUCGACCGCCAAGAACUCGAGCAACUGUUCUUGCGAUAUGCCAUGCCUCCACAGGGGGAGAAGGUCCCGGGUUCCCCACCCCAGACUUCCCUGGACCUCGCCAUGCAGUCCGUUACCAUCUCUGGGCAACCAUUACCCCCCGUCGCCCCCGUCCCAACCGCAUCUACAUAUCAACCCACACUAGCGUCUCCUCCAUCAACCGCGAGCGCGGUCUCUACGUUCACCCCGCUCACCGUCGAGACCGCUGUCAUGUCCAAGAGCGGUUUCACGGCUUUCCUCCUAUCCGCUGACAACUCCGCCUUCGCCGACCAACACGGUCGAAUCUACCACGAUAUGACCCGGCCACUUCCUGAAUACUACAUCUCCUCUUCCCACAAUACCUACCUUGUCGGACAUCAGCUCGUCGGCGAGAGCACCAUCGAGGGCUACAUCCGAGCAUUGCUUCAUUCGUGCCGGAGCGUCGAGUUGGACAUCUACGACGGCGACACGCAGCCCGUCGUCUACCACGGCCGCACGCUCACGUCCAAGGUGUCCGUGCGCGAGAUCUGCACCGCGAUCUCCAAGUACGCCUUCGUCGCCUCGCCGUACCCCAUCAUCAUCUCCGCGGAGAUCCACUGCUCCGUGCCGCAGCAGGAGCAGCUCGUGGAGAUCAUGAAGGACGUCUUCGGCGACGCGCUCGUGUUCGCGCCGCCGGACGACCGCCCGAAGAUCACGGUGCUGCCCAGUCCGGAGGACCUGAGGGGCCGCGUGCUGCUCAAGGCGAAGAACCUGUACGUGUCCGAGAAGCAGGGCCUCACGGAGAAGGAGAUCAGCGUCGACGCCGAGUCCUCCACCACGGACACGUCCGCGUCCGACUCUGAGCUCGCCAACGAAGUGAAGCAGGAGUGGCGGAAGGCGCGCGAGACCGAGGUCGAGCUGAUCAAGGACCUCAAAUCGGAGUUCAAGAAGGCCAAAGGCGCCCUGAACCGCGUACGCUCCCCAAAGGCACCCCCGCCCUCGCAGCCGGCGGCGGCCGCGCAGCCCCCGAAGGUAAAGAUGUCGAUGGCGCUCAUCUCGCUGCUUGUCUACACCGUCGGCGUGAAGUGCCGCGGGCUGAACAAGAAGGAGGAGUACGCGCCGGAGCACGUCUUCUCGCUCUCGGAGAACACGGCGAACAAGCUGCUCAAACAGGGCAUGAUGGACCUGAUCAAGCACAACCGCACGCACCUCGUCAGGACGUACCCGAAGGGCACCCGCAUCGGCUCGACGAACUACGAGCCGCAUCGGUACUGGUCUGCGGGGUGCCAGCUGGUCGCGAUCAAUUGGCAGACGUUCGAUCUAGGCUACAUGAUCAACCAUGCUAUGUUCCAGCGCAACGGCCGCGCGGGCUUUGUGCUCAAGCCGCUUGCCUUGCGCACUAAUGACAAGCAGUUGCUCGCCAAGCGAACAAAGCACCUCCUCAACAUCACUAUCAUAUCCGCACAGCAGCUCCCUCGCCCCAAAGAUGCGCUUGGACGCGAGAUCAUCGACAAGUCCGUCAUCGACCCCUUCGUCGAGGUCUCGAUUCACAUCCCCGACUGGACUCAUUCGCCAUUCCUCCCUGAUUCCACCGCGGAAGCAUACGACCCGCCUAGGGCCGGCUCGACGGUCGCCGCAACGUCUGCUCGUACAGUCACGUGCAGAACGGGGGUUGUGAAAAACAACGGCUUCAAUCCGGUGUGGGAACAGCAGAUCUGCUUGCCGUUCGAUCUUGUAGGCGACAUGAAGGACCUCGUCUUCGUCCGCUUCUCUGUCAAGCAGGAGGACAAAGAAGACGACGAGCCGCUGGCGGUGUACUGUGCCAGCCUGGGCAGUCUGAACUCCGGAUACCGUCAUCUUCCUUUGCAUGACGCGCAGCUCUCCCAGUAUUUGUUCUCGACGCUCUUCGUGAAGAUCGAGGUUCAAGACGUUGCAUGA